AUGGAGAUUACCUGGGUCGCCAAUACUCCCCAGACGCGGACUCGUUCAAGAGCUCCGCGGGCAUGCACCAGCUGCCAACGGAAAAAGAAACGUUGUAAUCAUUUCUGGACUCAGCUAGGCACAGAACCCAGCCAAAGCCCGCGGCUAAAUGAUGAGAACCGCCAUCAUGACAAUCAGGCCCAACAACCAACAAGUGAACAAAUACAGUCUCCACCGGCUAUUCCGGGUCCAUCAGCUGGUGCCAGGAUGCAGCGGUUCGUGGGGGAUCUGAACCCUGAAGCUGUCAUCCGCGAGAGACUGGAUGGUCCAUCCUCGAAGCCUUUAAGAGACCGGAUUGGGUUGUGGAUCAGCUCCGCCGGUCAGGAUGAUAUCGAUGGCGACGAAAAUGCUUAUGGAAGACAGCAAAGACAGCCGUCUGGCAUAGAAAUACCGUUCACGGCAGGCCUGUCAUCUCAACAGCCCAUCGCAGCAUUCUUGCAGCGACGAUAUGCCGCUGCUCUACAAACCUGUGAGCGCCUCCCAUUGCCGACCCGGGACCGGCUAAUUCCUAUUUACUUUUCCCGGGUCAAUCACAUUCUGCCAUUGCUCGAUAAGGACCUCUUUUUGAAAGCACACUCCGAUGGAACGGCGUCUGUAUUCCUCGAGAGGGCACUAUGCUUGGUGGCAGCAAAAGACCAAGCGGCAGGGUCGGCAUUGCGUCUGACUAUUGAUGGCCCGGUCUUGAGUUCUCGGCAGUUCUGCACCGAAAUCUACAGAGGGCUUGCAGUUGCAAUGAACGCAGGACUUGAGUCCGAUCGUAUAACCGGUAUCCGUAUUCUGGCGCUCAUGUCGUUACAUUGCGAGGGCUAUGAAGGUGCAGAAGCAGCAUCGAUGAAUAUCUGCCAGGCUAUUCACCAGGCUCAAACUGCAGGGCUACACCUGAAUCGACCCGGUCGGGCACCAGGGGACUCGCUUUCUAAGCUUUUCUGGUGCCUUUGGACUCUAGAUAAGAUGCAUGCCAGUAUCGGCGGUCGCCCUAUCAUUUUAGCUGACCGUGACAUCGGGAUUGAGAAGCCUGAUCUCAAGACUUCUGCGCCCCGGUCUGCCUUUGACGUUUGGCUGGUUAUUUCUGACUUGCUGUCGACGGCGAUAUCGUUUUACCGACCUUCAGCAGAUCAUAAUGUUGGAUGGGAAGAUAACUUUCCAACUUUUGAACAGAUUGUCGGCGACGAUAUGCGAGACGAUCUAGACUUUACAACUCUUGGCAUAUUGGAACUAUACUACCAUGCAGUUGGCAUUCUUUCAUGCAGACCGAAACUGUCCGAUCGAUCUGAUGGUUUGGAACCAUCAUAUGUUCGCCAAGGUCUUGCGGCUGUCCGGAUAAAUUCUAUUGUUGCUUCUGAAUGCUCGCAAGAUCUCCCACCUCUACCUGUCGUCCCAUAUGCUCUCUCCCUCUCAAUGGGGGUCUCAUAUCAGCAGUUCCGCUCCAGUAAGCUGAUCACUCAUUUUGACCGAGCUAAGCGUGGCUUGGAAGCUUGUUGCGCCCUGCUAGAAGGAUUUGGAACAUACUGGUACUCUGCAGAAGCCAUGGCUCGAUUGGGACGCAAAGCAUUGCACCACAUCGAGGGGCUGAAGCCGGAAACUCGUGGACAUGGCUUUGAGUCCGAAAAGCAAACGUCAGCCGGCAAGGUAUCCGAUUUUACUGUUCCAGCGUCGGCGCCUGCCAUGGCAUGGCCAUCCUAUCAUCAUCCAAACGAUUUGACUUCUUCCGGUGAAGUGGCUCCUCGCGAGGAUUUAGCCACCACUUCUGCUCAGGAUAUUUCCCCGCUGGAAUCCUUGGAUGUGGGAGGACCUGACGUUCCCGGAAAUGACAGUUUCGCAGAUAUAGAUAUGCUUUUUGGGGAUUUCCUGGAUCUGUCUCUCCCGACCAACUUCUGGGAUCCCGUGUUCUUCACCGAGGAAGGCCACAGCGAUGGAGCAGUUUGA